AUGGUGGUGUACCGACCCAUCGCAACCGCCACGGCCAAUCGCCCUGCAGCCUUCAGUCGCCCAGUCAUUGUUGGCAAGGCAUCUCAGCAGCGUCCAGCCUACACUCUCCCGAGAAGCUUUGCGCCUAUCCUCAGAAAGACUUCCGCUCCGGCCAAGGAUUCUCAGGUGAACGUCGGGGCGCCCGAGCCGCAGGAGGGAGAGGAUCCCGUCGAUGAGUUUCAGGAUGCUGAAGAUGUGGAAGAUCCAGUAUUGGAUGACUUUGAGAAUGCAGAGGCGAACGUGGAAGACCUUGAUGCUGAUGCUUUGGGGGAAGCCGCACAGGAGGUGAGCGAAGACGCAGAGGGCGAUGUGACAGUCGAGGAGGAGACAUCGCCUGCACGCGAAGACGACCUAGACGUGGAGGACGUGGCCGAGGACAUGCGCGAAGCCGUUCAAGGCAGCAUGCAGCUUCGGCGCAUGCAUCUUGACAUGCAUGCAGCCUUCCUGCGGCAAGUUCCCGCUUGCCACGGAUAUUCUACUCGCUGCAACACUUUGACUGAGAUGCAAUGCAGCGAAAAUCCGGCCCCUUUAUUCGUUCUCGGGCUGUGCUGUGGCAUGUAG